GGGUCUUUGAACGCAGCAUAAGCCAGCCCCUGUGAGCAGCAGUCAGUUACAUGUUACUUGCUUUGUCAGCGGUGUCCCCGCAGUAGAUAUCUCCAGCUCCUCACCUGCAGCUGAUCAGAACCUUGGACUUUUAUCUCUCAGAGAUUAUCUCACCGUCAGACCUCCUUAUCAGCUGUUCACAGCUCUUUGUGAUCAGCCCUCUUGUGGACCUUGAGCGGGGGCACGUCGGGUUCAGAGUUUUUUUUUCUUCUUCUAGCUAACAGGGGAAAGAUGACGUUAAAAUCCAAUAAAAACGAACCUGCUGUCAUACUGGAGCCUGUGAGCAGCGUCCGGAGCCUCUCUGAUCUGUACCUGGAGCAGCUGCUACAAAACAAGCCAAAGUCUGACAAGGCUACUAUGCAAACCUAUGAGAAUAAAGGAGCAGAGGUUUUUCACCAACUGUAGUGCCAACACAUGAACGGGACAGAGCUGACCAAGAUGAGAGAAGUAGCAUUUGAAAAGAAUCCUUCAGAGCCAAUGGGGGUCACUCUGAAGCUGAGCGACAAACAAAAGUGCACAGUGGCCAGAAUACUGCAUGGGGGCAUGAUCCACAGACAAGGCUCUUUACACGAAGGAGAUGAAUAGCAGAAAAUCAAUGGAAAAAGUGUGACGAACCAAACCGUAGCGCUACAAAAGAUCCUGAAAGAAACCAAUGGAGUCGUCACAAUGAAGAUCAUUCCCAACCAGCAGAGUCGAUCCAGAGCCUGUGAGAUGUACAUGACCCAGUUUGACUAUGACCCCACUAAGGAUGACCUCAUCCCGUGCAAAGAGGCGGGUCUAAAAUUUGCAACUGGUGACAUCAUCCAGAUCAUCAACAAGCAGGAUCCAAACUGGUGGCAGGGCCGAGUAGAGAGCAGUGCUGCUGACUUCGCUGGGCUGAUCCCCUCCCCAGAGCUGCAGGAAUGGAGGGUAGCGAGUAAAAGCAAAGCCAGAGAGGGCAGCCAGUCCUGCAGCCCAUUUGGAAAGAAGAAGAAGUGCAAAGACAAGUACCUGGCUAAACACAGCUCCAUUUUUGACCAGCUGGAUGUGAUUUCUUAUGAGGAGGUUGUUCAGCUUCCUGCCUUCAAGAGGAAAACACUGGUGCUAAUCGGUGCACCUGGUGUAGGAAGGAGCCAUAUCAAAAAUGCACUGUUGACCAAAUACCCAGAGAAGUUUGUCUACCCUGCCCCUCACACUACCAGACCACAGCGCAAGGACGAGGAGAACGGACAGGAAUAUUACUUCGUCUCCAAUGACGCCAUGACCAAGUGCAUCUCUGGAAAUGAACUGCUGGAGUACGGCAGCUUUCAGGGAAACAUGUUCGGAACCAAAAUCGAGACCAUUCAGAAGAUCCACGAGCAGGACAAAAUAGCCUUGCUGGAUGUAGAACCACAGACCUUGAAAGUUUUGCGGACUGCUGAAUUUGCACCUCUUGUCGUGUUCAUCGCUCCAACCAACACAGCUUCUCAGACGGAAAACCUCCUGAUGAUCCAGAAAGAGUCGGAAGCCAUCGCGGCCACAUACAGACAUUUCUUCGACGUGGGUGUCAACAACGAUGUGGACGAGAGCGUGAAAGGUGUGGAGGAGGCCAUGGAGUUGGCCACCUCCACCCCACAGUGGGUGCCUGUGUCGUGGGUGUACUGACAGAUGUCAGUGUAGCACCUUUUGUUUGUUGAGAAGCAGUGCAAUAUCACUCCUUACACAAAAACAAGUUAGCUAUGUCCCAGGUGUGUGGGUUUACUUUCAGUUCAUGUUAAUUGUCACUGAAAGUUUUUGCACCAAUGAAUCCAAAAAAAUAAGCAUAAUGUAGAGAGGUUAAUUUAGAAAGGGGAGAGCCUCACCAGGGAUGUUUUAUUUGGACGUGUAGACGUUUGUGCUUCAGGUUUUGAGUGGCUAAGGGAUAGUUUUGGUGCAGCACGCGUUGUGAUUGUUGGAAUGUGAAUAAAAGCAAAACAGGACCACAACUGUGAAUGAAAUCCUCACUCUGAAGUGUCAGGAUUUUAUCAUAUACAGCAUAACUCUGGAUUCAUAAUCCUUUUUUCUGUUCUUGCUAGAUUGUGCCAUGAAAUUGAGAGUCUGAAAGUGUUUGUUCAUACAUUUUGUGUCACUCCAUUUAACAAUAAUGUCGCCCACACAAAAUCUUUAGUCGGUCAUUGACAAUCUCACAUCUCUUCUCAUCAUACUGUAUACCUCAUGGGGUACUGUAAAGGCACUUUUAACAAAAAUAAAUUACCCAACUCUGUUUCAAA